CAUCGAGGGCUUAAGCACGACCAACGUGAAGAUGAAUUUGUCAGUCGCAUUGUUGGCGCUCGUCGCCGUCUGUUGCUCCUGUGGACCAGCAACAGCAGACAUAUCGCUGAAGCAAUCGCCUCGCUUCGAGGAGAGCAGCUAUGGAAAUUCGCGUUAUCAGAUCUUUGAGGUGCACAAUCAUUAUGAGGGCAAGAACAAUGCCUACUUGCCGCCAUCACAAACGCAGACCACGCACGAAGAGAUACACAUUCAUCAUCAGCAGCAGCCACCAACAGUUGCUAGCGUGCCACAGCCACAGCAACAGCAGCAACCAUUGCCUGUGUCGGUGCCUGUGCCUUUCCCUUCCACCUAUCAGCAUGAUUUCCAACGCAAGCAACCGUUGCGCCUGCAACCAGCUGUCUCUUACCGUGCAGCCGGUUAUUUGCCGCCCACAGUUGCCACGCCCAGCGCACAGCAGCAACAACAGCAACAGCAACAGAUUUAUCAAACUGCUGUUAGCUACAUCGAGCAGCAACAGCAACAGGUGCAACAGCAACAGGUACAUGUGCAACACCAACAACAACAGGUGCAAUUGCAACAGCAACAGCAGCAACAACUCAUCAGCAAGCCUGCCUACAGAGGCAACGACUAUUUGCCGCCAACAACCAGCAGCACAACAACAGCAACCAGUGCCACAACAACAGCUGCUGCCAUUCCCAGCUACGCACAACAGCAGCAACAACAACAACAGUCUCAAGUCUAUCGCGCUCCUCCCUAUUUGCCACCCAGCAGCAACACCGAUAGCAACAGCAACAGCAUUAGCCACAGCAUUGUCAGCGGCAGCAGCAGCUCAAGUCAGUCGGGUUAUCAGGCACCUGGUUACUUGCCACCUGGCUAUGAAUUUGCCAAUGCCGAGCCUCAAGCUGUGCAGCAGCAGCAACCACAACAGGUACAACAGCAACAACAACAAGUGCAACCAACAGCAACGGCAACAGCAACCGAGUAUCAGGCGCCUGGUUAUCUGCCACCUGGCUACGAGUUUGCCAAUCCCGAUCAGCUGCCAUUGGCGCCUGUGCAGACGGUUGCUGCCGUGCAGCAGCAACCAGCAGUUGGCGAAUAUCGUGCACCAGAUUAUUUGCCACCCAGCUACGAAGAGGUCAAGCAACAACCACAGUCACUACCACAACAGCAGCAGCAGCCACAGAUUGUGUAUCAGCAGCAGCCACAGCAAGUGCAGCAGCAACAGGUCGCAGGACAGCAGCAACAAGUGCAAGUUCAGCAGCAACAACAAGUGCAAGUGCAACAGCAACAAGUGCAAGUGCAACAGCAACAAGUCCAGGUACAGCAGCAACACGUUCAGACUCAGCAGCAACAAGUGCAACAGGUGCAACAGCAACCACAGAUCACUCAUCCUGGCGCCUUGCCCGAAGGCUACGAGUUCACCAAGCCCGAAAACUUUGAGGCCGCCAUUGCCGAGCUGCACAGCCUGCAAACGCAAACGAAAUUGCUGAAACAGCAGCAGCAACAGCAGCAAUUGCAGCUGCAGCAGCAGCAACAACAGUUGCAACUGCAGCAGCAGCAGCAGCGUCAACAACAGCAGCAACCACGACAUGUUGGUGCCGUGCAAGGCAGCAAUAUUAUCUACGGCGCACCCAAACAGCAGCAGCAACCAACAACCGCCACGCUGACAACAUCAGUUGCAGCAACAGCAGCGCCUGUUGCACGUCCCAUUGCGGUUGCUGCCCCAACCCCCGUGGCUGCUCCAUUGCCAGCGCCACCUACAACACAACACAUACACAUACACACGCUGCGCAGCUACAUGAACACGGUGCAGCCAUUGGCACGCUACGGCCAACCACAGCCACAACAGCCACAGCAGCAGCAGCAGCCACGUGUAGUGGCACAGCAGCAACCACAAAUCGUUGAAGUUGCGCCCAUGUAUCGCGAGCAAUCGAAGCGACCACGUUUCUAUGCGCCAGCCAUGUCUUAUGCACGCAAUGCGUUGCCCACGCAAUACCAUCAGCAUCAUCACAUUCAUCACGUCCAACAACAGCAGCAGCAGCAACAUCGUCAAGUGCAGCAGCAACGCGCUACUCUCAACUUCCAGGCGCAGCAAUCGCUGCAAAAGUUCAUGCCACGCGAAAUGCAAAUGGCCGUCAAUGUGGCUGUUGCUGCCACAGCGCCUGUGCCACGUGGCAGCUCUCGAGUGCGAACGGUGCAAAUCGUGAAGCCGCAUGCAGUGCGUACGUUCAAGGUACUGGAAACUUUGGAUGCUGCUGGCGUGAAGACGAUUAAAAUCUUGGGCACCAGCAACGAGCAGCCAAGGGGGCAACAUCACAUUGUCAAGGUGGUGACACAGGAUGCGCACAACGGUGUCGAGAAUCAUGUGCAGACCGUCAAGAUCUACGACGAUCAGCAGGAGUAUGUGCCACCCCAACAGCAACCACAGCAGCCACAGCAACAACAAGCGCAGUCAACGACACGCGGCUACUUGCCACCAACGGCGGCACGUCCACGAACGCGCAUCGUGCGUGAGGCAAGCAAAGUGCGAACGCUGCGUUUGCUGCCUGUGCCCAGGCAUUAAAUUUAAAUUUAGCACUGAUUAGAGUUUAACGCAACAGCAACCACAACAAACA